AUGAAGUCUGAUCACGCUAAUGUUAGACUCGUGGUAGAAGAAGAUAGAAUCAGCAGGUUACCAAACGAGCUUAUUCAUAAGAUCUUGUCUUGUUUUGAUAUUAAAGUUGCAGUUCAAACAUGUGUGCUAUCAUCGAGAUGGAAGCUUCUCUGGACAUCAAUGCCCUUUCUCAAUUUCUCAAAUGUGAAGAUUCCUGACCUCUGUUCGUUUGCCAAAUUCAUGACUCAUGUUCUGUGUGGCCUCAACCAUCAAAUACAUGUGUCUUCCGUAAAGCUAGAUUUCAAAGGAGCGGCCAAUGAGGAUUUUGUGAGAAAUAUUACAAGUUAUGCCUUCUCUCACAAUGUGCAAGAACUAGCUGUUAAUAAUUGGACCAUAGGCCUCCAUGUUUAUCCUCCUUGCCUAUUUAGCUCUCAGUCUCUUAAAUAUUUCAAUCUUUCUUUCUAUGGAAAGCGAGCUUGCGUUACACUCAAAACUCCUUGGGAUUUUCCCGCUUUAACAACAUUGCAUCUCAGUGGCGUUGCAUUGUGUGGUGAUCUUUUCUCUAAAUGUGUGAACUUAAAGAACCUCACUUUAAAAAGAUUCCGGAUCAAGGGUGUAGAUGUAUUUGACAUAAAUGCCCCUCGACUUUCUAAUCUCAGGCUUAUCAACAACAGUUGUUCAAAAAUAUUAAAGCACCACAACUUGAGAAUCUUACAGUAG